GUAAUGCCGUGAAAUCUUGAUAGACACGGAAUAAUGGCGCCAAUUAUCUUCACCUCGCGUCACAUUAUGACAAUAGAUCACUUGUAUUUCCUCAGGAUAAGGGAUGAAAUCAUCCUCCCACCAUCAUUUAAGUCUCCUGUUGAGAGCAAACGCUUUACAUGAAGGAUAGGCUACUCAAUACGACAAACAAUAUUGGACUUUGAGCAAAACAUCAGCGACAAAAUGCCAACAGAAUUUGUGGAGGAAUAUCAACCUCUGCUUAUUAAAGAAACCAAAGAUAAGCAACCAAAGUUUCCCAACAAAUCACUUCUGCUGGCUGCCUGUGCUGCAUGUAUAGGGGGAACCUUUCAGUAUGGAUAUAAUGUAUCUGUCAUCAACGCUCCCACAACGCAUGUGCAGAAUUUCAUCAACGAAACCUGGAGGGAGCGUUACCAAACUGACAUAUCAGUCGAUGCUCUCACUCUGCUCUGGUCCACUAUUGUGUCUAUAUUCACAAUAGGAGGACUUGUAGGAGUGUCAAUUGGUGGGACAUUGUCUGUGAAGCUGGGGAGGAAAGGGACGCUGUUGGCCAAUAAUAUAUUUGCAUUAACGGCUGCUCUGCUGAUGGGUCUGAGUUACCCGACAGGAUUGUUUGAAUUACUCAUCAUUGGACGUCUUCUCAUUGGAAUGAAUGCAGGCAUUGGCCUUUGUGUUCAACCUCUGUAUUUGGGGGAAAUAGCUCCAACUGCACUUCGUGGUAGCAUGGGCAUGGGAACUUCUAUUUUCAUUACUGUCGGGAUCUUGGCUGGACAAGUGAUGGGCCUGAAAGAGCUCCUGGGCAGAGAAGAGUACUGGCCCAUCCUGCUCGCCACCACAUGUAUCCCAGCCUUCCUGCAGCUUCUCAUCCUGCCCUGGUUCCCAGAGAGCCCGCGCUACCUGCUCAUCGACAAAGGAGAUGAUGAGGGAUGUAACAAAGCCCUGAAGCAACUGCACGGUAUAGCUGGCUGUGAUGGCGAACGGGAGGAUAUUGAGAAGGAGAGGAAUGAUUUAGUGGAUUUCCAAGCCAAGAAACCCUGGGAGAUCUUCACUGAUCGUAGUGUCCGCUGGCAGCUUCUUUCCGUCUUGCUGCUCAAUGCUGCACAACAGCUGAACGGCAUCAAUGCUAUUUACUUCUACGCAGAUUACUUGUUCAGACAAUCUGGUAUUCCCGCUGAUAAAAUACCAUAUGUGACCGUUGGCACUGGUGCCUGUGAAUGCAUCACGGCUUUAACGUGUGGUUUGCUCAUUGACCGUCUGGGGAGGAAAGUGCUCAUCACGGGAGGAUACACACUGAUGAGUAUCUGCUGCAUUUUAUUCACGCUGACGCUCUCUUUUCAAGAUGCUAGUCCAGUAAUACCAUACUUGAGCAUGGUGUGUUUAUUUGCUUUCAUCCUGAGUUUUGGAUUAGGACCAGGUGGCGUGACAAACAUUUUGACCACUGAGCUUUUCACACAAACUGCUCGCCCGGCAGCUUACAUAAUUGCUGGAUCAUUGAACUGGUUGAGCUUCUUCUUCAUCAGCCUGGUCUUCCCUUUUAUUGUGAUCGGGCUGCAGCAGUACUGUUUCCUGGUGUUCUUGGUCGUCUGCUCCUUAAUGGCGAUAUACAUUUACCUUGUCAUUCCUGAAACCAAGAACAAAACCUUCGUCGAAAUCCAGAAUGAGUUCAAGACGUUCAGCCACAAAAAGGCCCACAAUGCUGACAGAGCAGGGACGACGCUGUUAUUAACGUCUACAUGA